UCGACCUGUCACAUGUGGAUUGUAUUUUCCAUCCAGCCAUCUCGGGGACAUCUGGGAUCUUCAUCCCUUAUUUUGAUGGGAACCAGAAACAGCCGAGGGAGAGGAUGAUUUACAAGUGUUUCAGUUUGGUUGUUCUUUUGACGGUGCUGCAGAGUGGCAUGGGUGAAGACUACUUGGUGGCUCUGGCAUAUAGAGGCAAAGACUCGUACAUCGGGUACACAGCCGGAGAAACCGGGGGCCUGGUGGAGAUACAGUAUCCACACUUCGCCAAAAGAACAUCCAGUGAAGUGCGUCCCUUCCAAGGUGGUUGGCACCGUGUAAGCGAUAAGAUGAAAAUCACAAGUGAUGUAGAAAAUACAGCUGUCGUUGUAAGUGCAAGUGACGAAAAUGUAAACAUUGUGGUAGACGCUGACGGUGUAUUCUCUCCUCUUCCAAUAUCUGCCCUUGGGACCAAGUACAUUGUACCUUCCAGUCUUGCACCUAACAGUUAUUAUCGAUCCUUGCUACUGAUAGCUACACACAACAUGAGCACCAAUGUUGAUAUAUCCUUUCGAAUGAAACAAGGAAGUGUUUACGUUGUCAAUAGCGAAUACAGUGACGGCGAUACUCUGUCCCUCAAACUUGACCCAUAUCAAACGUUGAUGAUGUCAAACCAAUAUGAUAUGAAUGGAACGGUCAUUAACAGUGAACACAGUGUAGCCGUCUACAGUGGUAUAGCCUAUGUCUCGAAAUACACAGUGUAUGACCAACUACUUCCUGUCAAGCACCACGGACAGGAGUAUGUUGUUGCUGUAGAUGACACCAAGCUGGAGAUGCAGAUCAUCAGUGAACACAGCCACGUGCAGAUCACGUUCAGUACCGGGGCCACAGUCUCUACUGGUGAGCGUCGUCUCUACAACCGCCCACUUGAACAGGGAGAGAGUCUUCACUUCACCACCACACGCCCGGUACUGUUGUCUGAGGCGCCGCUGUGUGGAGUAGAUUCCGCCUGA